AUUGUUAUAUUUCCUUUAUAUGCUGCUCUUCAAAUUAGGUCCUGACAGUUUCUUUGGAAUGGGCAAAGAAGUUGAAAAUCUAAUAAUGGAAAACAAUGAACUUUUAGCAACCAAGAAUGCUUUGAAUAUAGUGAAAGAUGAUCUAAUAGCUAAAGUUGAUGAACUAACAAGUGAACAAGAAUUAUUACAUGAAGAAAUUAAAUCUUUACAUGCUGUAAAGAACCGUUUAAAACAAAAAGUGAAUGAUCUGGAAGAUGAAAUUAAAAAAUUAAAGGAAGAAUUAGACAAGUCUAAAACUAAUAAGUCUGAUGAUGAGGAGGAUGUUCCUUUAGCACAAAGGAAGCGUUUUACUAGAGUCGAAAUGGCUAGAGUAUUGAUGGAGAGAAAUCAAUAUAAAGAAAGACUCAUGGAAUUACAGGAAGCAGUUCGUUGGACAGAAUUGAUAAGGGCAUGCAAAAAUAAUCCGGAAUUAGAAUCAAAGAAAAGUCGAUCAUCAAUCUGGAAAAUAUUUAGCAAUUUAUUUAGUUCUUCAGAAAAGCCUCAAAGAAAUCCUUCUGUGCCUUAUGUAAAUGUCCAUUAUAAUGCUCCUACAUCUUACUUGAGUCCAACUUUAGAUAACAUGCGCAAGAAAAGACUAGGAGAUAAAAAUAAAGGCUUAGAUUUUAUGGACAGUGAGCUAGCAUCUGAAAGAUUACAACAACAACGAGCCAAAGAAAGAAAGGAACGAUAUAAGCAAGUAAGAGCUCACGUUAGAAAAGAUGAUGGUCGGGUUCAAGCAUAUGGUUGGAGUCUUCCUACACAGUCAGCAGGAGUUUCUAAAGUUAAUAAAGAAGAAGAAAAAUCAUCUCCUACGAUUCCACUUUGUGUUCCAGUUCCUGUAUAUUGUAGACCUCUUCUAGAAAAAGAAACUGGAAUGAAGAUAUGGUGUGCAGCUGGAGUUAAUCUUACUGGUGGCAAAACAUUAGAUGGAGGUGAUAUUGUUGGUGCUAGUGUCUUCUAUUCUUCUCCCCCAGAGAAGGAAUUAACUGUUGGAAGUGAAACUCUUACAGAAGUAGAGAAGUUAGAUCGUGAGCUAAUGGAACACAAUAAAGAAAGAAAAGAACAUGAAGAAAUUGAGAAAUGUUUAUCAUCACUUGUUUGGAUUUGUACUAGUACUCAUGGUAAUAGUAAAGUGACAGUAAUUGAUGCUAAUAAUCCUGGUGAUGUUUUGGAUUCAUUUAGUAUUUGCUCUUCCUAUUUAUUAUGCAUUGCUAGUGUUCCUGGAGCAAAAGAAAAUGAUUAUGAUGUAAAUGAAGAAUUUUUAAAAUUGGGUGUUGAAGUUGAAGAUAAAAACAAAAACAUAAGUGAAACAUCUUGUAGUGAUGAUAAUAGUAAUGUCUCAAGUAAUACAGACAUUCUUCAAAGCAAAAUAGGUGAAAUUACUUUUGUUAGUUGUUCUGCUGCUGGAACUAGUAAACCACCUUCUCCAACACCUGCCACUCAAAGUGAUACUGAUAAAAGUCAUUCCACUUCUUCCAAUUCUGAAUCUUCUAAUUUAGACAGACAGCAACAGUGGAUUGUAAUGAAAGAACCACCUGAAUUAGUUAAAGAUGGUGUUUCAGAAGUUUCUAGAGAAAAUCAACUUGCAUAUAACCAAGUAGAAAAAAUGUCUAGUAUUUUACCAACAAUGUGGAUGAGUUCACAGAAUGGGAGUAUUUACGUCCAUUCUUCAGUUUCUCAAUGGUGGAGAUGUAUUCACUCAGUGAAGUUAAAAGAUGCUGUUCUUAGUAUUGUGCAUAUCAAAGGUCGUGUUUUUGCAGCAUUAGCAGAUGGUACUGUAGCUAUUUUUCAUAGAGCAGAAGAUAGACAGUGGGAUCUGAGAAAUUAUCAUCUUAUUGAUCUUGGACAGCCACAUCAUUCAAUUCGAUGCAUGGCAAUUGUAAGCAAUAAGGUUUGGUGUGGUUAUCGAAAUAAAAUUCAUGUUGUUGAUCCUAAAGACCUCUCUAUUCAGAAAUCUUUUGAUGCUCAUCCUCGUAAAGAAAGCCAAGUACGACAAAUGGCCUGGGUUGGUGAUGGUGUUUGGGUAUCCAUUCGUUUGGAUAGUACUUUACGUUUAUAUCAUGCUCAUACUCAUCAACAUCUGCAAGAUGUUGACAUUGAACCAUAUGUCAGUAAAAUGCUUGGUACAGGAAAAUUAGGAUUUUCCUUUGUCCGUAUCACAGCCUUAAUGAUCUCAUGUAAUCGUCUCUGGAUUGGUACAGGAAAUGGUGUUAUUAUUUCUGUACCAUUAUCAGAAAAUACAAAAAAAGAAAGCUCGAGUCCAAGUGAUGGAAAAAUACCUGGUAGUAUAAUUCGAGUUUACAGUGAUAACAAAGAUAAUGUUACUCCUGCCAGUUUUAUACCUUAUUGUUCUAUGGCCCAAGCUCAACUUUCUUUUCAUGGUCACAGAGAUGCUGUCAAGUUUUUUGUUUCUGUUCCAGUAGGACAGGGAGGAAUGAGUGCUAUCAGCAGCAGUAAUGUUUCAGAAUCUAGUAAAAGUGAAGAUAGUGCACGAGCCUCUGAACAACCAAAGAAACCAAAAUACAUGUUGGUAAUUUCUGGAGGAGAAGGCUAUAUUGAUUUCCGAAUAGGUGACAGUGAUGAUGAAGAUAAUGAAGAAAUUUCUUUGACUCCAGAGAAAAAACCAAGAGGUUUAUCUAAAGGAGACAGUAGUCAUCUAAUUGCCUGGCAAGUUAUGUUACCUGAUUAACAUUGAUAAGGCAUAUCAUUUUCCACAAAUUCAGUGUGGUUAUUGGUUACAGUUUCUCAUGUCUAUUUAAUGAUGAUAACUUGAAUCAGAAGGAAAAUGUAAGAUGCACCAACUGCUUCGUGUCUUGCUACUGCUUUUCUUUUUAUAAAUAUAUAUAUAUAUACAUACAUACAUAUAUAUAUAAAAUAUAAAAUGUAUAAAAAUACUAAGUGUGAUAUGCAUGAUGGAAAAUUUUUGAAAGUUUUUCCUAGGCAGUUAAGUUAAUAUAUAUAAUGGUUUACACAAUAAAUAUAAGAAACUUUGUAUUUUUAUGUAAACAAGUUUACUGUUUUUGUUAUGUACAGUUAUACCCAGAAAAUAUUUAUUAAAACCUCAAAAAUAAGCUUAUUUAAUUGUUUAUAAUGCAAAAUAUUUAUCAGAAAAAUGUGAUCAACUGAAAAAUGUAAAAAUGAAUUAUUAAGAAGAGAAAUAUAUAUUAAGAUGAGGAAGUUGUCGGUGUUUAUGACGAUUAAAAAAAUUAUUAACAGAUCUGAUC